GUCUGCUGCAUCAGUUACUCAAUGUGAGGGAGCAGAGAGGGAGUGUUGAGCAGUGCCGGUACAGCCAGCAUGAUUAUUACUACAGCAACUACCACCCUUAAUAAAUUUCAAAGAGCAUGGUCUAUAUUCCACAAGUUGCCUGCCUGUUUCUCAACAUCUACAGGCGUUGUAUCUUUGGAGAGGAUCAGGAAUAUUGGGAUAUCUGCUCAUAUUGAUUCUGGCAAGACGACCUUAACUGAAAGGAUUUUAUACUAUACUGGUCGAAUAGAUGAGAUGCAUGAGGUACGUGGGAAAGAUGGUGUUGGGGCGGUAAUGGACAGCAUGGAGCUGGAGAGACAGCGAGGUAUCACAAUUCAGAGUGCUGCUACCUAUACUAUGUGGAAGGACCAUAACAUUAAUAUCAUCGAUACUCCAGGACAUGUGGAUUUUACAGUGGAAGUAGAGCGAGCCUUGCGGGUGUUAGAUGGGGCAGUAUUGGUGUUGUGUGCAGUGGGUGGUGUUCAGUCUCAAACAUUAACUGUUAACAGACAGAUGAAGAGAUAUAAUGUACCAUGUUUGGCAUUCAUCAAUAAACUAGACAGAAUGGGAGCCAAUCCUUCUCGUGUGUUGCAUCAAAUGAGGUCUAAAUUGCACCACAAUGCAGCUUUUGUGCAGUUACCAAUAGGUUUAGAAAGCAACACAAAAGGAAUCAUCGACUUAGUGGGUCAGAAAGCUUUGUACUUCGAGGGAGAUUUUGGAAAUAUUGUACGUGAGGAUGAAAUUCCAAGAGACAUGAGUGUCGAGGUUGAGGAGCAGCGUAUGGAACUUAUUGAGCAUCUCUCCAAUGCGGAUGACAUCAUUGGGGAAAUGUUUUUGGAGGAAAAGACACCAACAGAGGCAGAGCUUCAUGCUGGUAUUCGCCGUGCCUGCCUCAAGCAAACCUUCACACCAGUUUUUGUGGGAACAGCACUGAAAAAUAAAGGGGUUCAGUCACUCAUGGAGUCUGUUAUUAGAUACCUACCAAACCCAGGGGAAGUUGAUAAUUUUGCUUUGCAGCUAAAUAAGGCAGGUGAGGAAAAGAAGAUCCUGUUGCAUUCUGCACGUGAUAAUAGCCAUACUUUUGUUGGCUUGGCCUUUAAACUUGAAGCUGGCAGGUUUGGCCAGUUGACAUACGUAAGAGUCUACCAAGGAUGCCUUAAGAAAGGGGAAGUUAUAUACAACUCACGCACUGGCAAGAAGGUUAAAGUAUCCAGACUUGUCCAGAUGCAUAGUAAUAAUAUGGAGGAAGUUUCUGAAGUGUUUGCUGGUGAUAUUUGUGCAUUGUUUGGCAUAGACUGUGCCUCAGGAGAUACCUUCACAACAAAUGCUAAGCUGAACAUCUCAAUGGAGUCCAUGUUUGUACCUGAUCCAGUUAUAUCUAUGGCUAUUAAACCAAAGAAAAGUAAAGAUUUGGAUUGUUUCAGCAAAGCUGUUAAUCGAUUCACAAAAGAAGAUCCCACUUACAGGGUGCAUUGGGAUAAUGACAAUAAGGAAACCAUUGCCUCUGGCAUGGGGGAGCUUCACCUGGAAAUAUGCUCAGGUAGAAUGGAGCGAGAGUAUGGAUGUGAAGUGGCAAUGGGAAAACCAAAGGUGGCCUUCAGAGAGACACUUGCUAGUCCAGUCGAGUUUGAUUUUCUCCAUAAGAAGCAAUCUGGUGGAUCUGGUCAAUAUGGUCGUGUAACUGGAAUUGUUGAGCCACUCUCACAUGAAGAAAACACAAAAAAUAUCUUCAAAGAUGAAACAAUGGGAACCAACAUUCCAAAACAGUUCAUUCCUGCUGUUGAAAAGGGAUUCAAAGCAAUCUGUGAUAAAGGCAUGUUAGCAGGGCAGAAAGUCUCUGGUGUGAAGUUUCGACUAAAGGACGGUGCUAGCCACAUGGUUGACUCCAAUGAGAUCUCUUUCAUCCUUGCUGGUCAGGGAGCCAUGAAACAAGCAUAUGAAGAUGGAGUAUGGGUUAUCCUGGAGCCUAUUAUGUCUGUAGAAAUUACUGCACCAGAGGAAUUCCAGGGUGUGGUCACAUCACAUAUGAACAAACGCCACGGUAUUAUUACUGGUACAGAUGCUAAUGAGGGCUGGUUUUCUUUAUACUGCCAGGUUCCGCUGAAUGACAUGUUUGGGUAUGCCACAGAAUUGCGUUCCUCAACACAGGGAAAAGGCGAAUUUGCAAUGGAAUAUUCUUGUUAUGCUCCGGCAAGGGAAGAAGUAAUGGAAGACCUUAUCACUGAAUUUCAAGGUCCCAAAGAAAAUGUCGAGCCUUCAAAGAAAAGAGGCAGAAGAUAAAACAUGAUAAAUAAAUAUUGAAAAAAAUUAAUAAUUGAAAAAUUCUUUAGUACUGUCUACUGUACAGUACUGUUUUUAUUUUUUAUUUUAUUUUUUAUUUUAUUUUUUUUUUUUAACAAUUGCUACAGGUCUUGGAACAUUGAAAGUUUUCAAUAUCUUCAUCAGGUGUAGGUGGAAACUGUACACAGUGUAUAUAAUGUAUAUGUAUCUUUGUAUAAAGCAAAAGGAUUGGAGUGUGAACCCUCCAAUUAAUGGCUAGGAAAUAGACAAGUGAGCUGCAAGAUGAGCCCAUCAAAGAUUCACACUUGCCCUCAAGGAGAGAUCAGUAGCUAAGUGGACUCAUAUUGCUAGUUGGUAGGCCUCUUAAGGGAUCCCACCAGUAAAGCAGAAAAUGAUGGUGAAAUAUUUAACAAGAAUUAUUUACCCCUAAAGGUUUUGUUAAUCACGAGGACCCAGGUCAUAUGAACUGCAAACAGUACUUUCUACUAUUGACCUGGCUACUUUCUCACCCUGGCUCUUGAAACUUGAGGGGUUAGGAAUACAUUAUGCUGAAAAAGAUUGAAUUAUUAAAUUCAGUAAUCUGA